CGCACCAUUCCACCGGGCCCCACUAGCAAUUUCAUUUCAUUUCUCAUCAAUUUCAAUGUCAUUUCAUUUGCAUUUCAAUUUCAUUUGAAUCUCAAUUUCAAAACCGCUCCGCCAAACCCCCCCUCUGUGGCUCUGUCUUUCUUCAUCUUCUCCUCCACCGGACCCAAGGGUUCCUGCCAGUCGCUUUCUUCUCUGCUCCGCUUCUUAUCCGUUCGCAGUUGUAUUUAGACUAAUCUGAAUGAUGGAGAUCUCGGUUACUGCUUCGGAUGUUUUGGUGUGCUACUUUUUGACGCUCCCAGCGUCGGAUCGGUGAUCGAGUGAUGGAUUCGCAGAUCUUGGGUGGAAGUGUUGAUUUUUGCAGCCUUUGUUGAGACUGGAGUGUGUGCUGUGGUUGAGAUCCAUCAAAUAAUAACCCCCCUUCCACCGAUUGCUGCUGCUAUAAAAUCUAAAAAUAUGAGCGACACCAGUAAAUUAACUGUGGAGAUUCAAGAUUCCUGUUCUAGUUUACUUGAAUUUGCUGCUGACAACGAUGCUGAAUCUUUCAAGAGACUCAUUGAGCUUGAUUUGUCUGCAAUUGAUGAAGUUGGAGUAUGGUAUGUUAGGAAGAAAGGGUCGAGGCAGAUAAUCCAGGAAGAAAGAACACCGUUGAUGGUUGCUGCUACUUAUGGCAGUGUUGAUGUGUUAAGAUUGAUAGUUGCGCUACCUGAGGUUGAUUUAAAUCGAGUCUGUGGCAGCGACAAAUGGACCGCACUGCACUGUGCUGCUUUUGGAGGAUCCCUUACUGCCUAUGAUGUCGUGAAGAUGCUGUUGUCUGCUGGAGCCGAUCCGAAUGUUGAGGAUGCCUAUGGCCUACGCUCGGUUGAUGUGAUCGAAGUUCCUCCGAAGCUUCCUGGUGCAAGAUGUGCGCUUGAGGACCUGCUUAUGAACAAUACAUCUGAUGGUUCGGUUGGGGGCUGUAAUUUACAGGUCUCUCUGUCUACGUCAAGUGCAUCAUCGCCUGUUUUAUCGUCAUCUCCGGAGAGCAGAUCUCCUUGUUCACCAUCUGAUUCCGUUUCUUCUCCUAUGGUCCGAAAGGGGAGUGAGAUUCCCGGUAAUUGUAUCUCUGAGAAGAAGCAAUAUCCUGUGGAUCCAUCUAUUCCCGACAUUCGAAAUAGUAUCUAUGCCACUGAUGAGUUCCGGAUGUAUUCAUUCAAGAUCAGACCUUGCUCGAGGGCCUAUUCUCAUGAUUGGACCGAAUGCCCUUUCGUUCACCCCGGUGAAAAUGCCCGCAGAAGAGACCCUAGAAAGUAUCAUUACAGCUGCGUUCCUUGUCCAGAUUUUCGAAAGGGCACUUGUAGGCGAGGCGACAUGUGUGAGUAUGCACACGGUGUGUUCGAAUGCUGGUUGCACCCUGCUCAGUAUAGAACAAGGCUUUGCAAAGACGGAACUAGCUGUGCAAGACAGGUGUGCUUUUUCGCUCACACCCAGCAGGAGUUGCGUCCUUUGUUUGUCUCUACUGGAUCGGGAGUUCCUUCUCCAAGGUCGGCUGCAUCAGCAGCUGGUUUCAUGGACAUGGCAGCAGCUUUGAGCCACUUUCCGGGAUCUCCCACAUCACAGUCUGUAAUUUCGCCUGGAUUCAAUCCAACCGCCAUGUCCCCUACCGCAAAUGGAAUGCCUCAUUCGUCUACUGGUUGGCCUCAACCGAGUGUUCCGGCUCUUCAUCUCCCCGGCAGCAAUCUCCAGUCCAGUCGGCUGAGAUCUUCCCUAAGUGCUCGCGACAUCCCGCCUGAGGAUCUCAACAUUAUAUAUGAUUUCGAUGGUCAGCCUAUGCCUCAGCCGCAGGGUUUGAGCGAUUUGGCUUGCUUUUUGCAGUCGCGGCCUAAUCCUCCUGUGAUGCUGAAUCAUUCUGGUAGAUCAUCUAAACCCAUGCUGACUCCUUCCAAUCUUGAAGAUCUCUUUUUAUCUGAGAUUACAUCUUCACCUAGAUUCUCCGAUCAAAUGGCUGCUGCUUCCGGUGUUUUCUCCCCUACCCGCAAAUCAGCUGUUCUUAAUCAACUUCAGCAGCAACAGAUCAAUACUAACUCCUUUUCUCCUAGGGGCGUCGAGCAGCACCCUCUGUCUCAGGCUUCUUUCGGCAUCCCUUCUCCAAGGAUGUCGCCUAGAAGCUUAGAGAAUCCAUCUCCUAUGAGUGCUCGCCUCUCGGCAUUCCCUCAGCACGAGCAGAUGCAGAGCCUCGUCCACCCCUGGGAUCUUGGACCUAAGCGCGCCCCAUCAAUGGGGUCGCCUGUCGCCGAUUGGGCUAAUAAUAACAAGUGGGGAAGCCCUGAAGCGAAAGUGGAUUGGUCCCUCGACAGAAACCGAUCUCUUGUCAACCCCAACAACAACAUUGAUGGAGACGACGCCCCUGACCUGUCAUGGGUGCAAUCCCUCGUCAAAGAAUCACCACCCGAGAUGAUGGACAACAAGCGUCCUGCAGCAGCAGCAGCUUCUUCGGCUUCUGGCGCAGCUGCUGCGCCGUCCGGUGAGUGUUUGAAACCAAACCCUCCUCAAACUGACUCCAUUGAUCAUUCGGCUUUGAGCUCGUGGCUCGAGCAGAUGCAACUCGAUCAGCUCGUGGCGUGAGCUUCUUUAUUCGGUUAGAGAGAACACAGAAGGCUAUUAGGAUGUUUUAAGUGUACAUUUUUGGAGGCUUUCUCGUUGACGUUAGCUGGUGACGAAGGCGCUGCCGAAAAUUCGAAAGGCAACAAUGCUGCUGGCUGGCUGGCUAGGUACAAUCGACAAUUCUGAUAUGGUAUUAUUGUUCUUAAAUUAUUCAAUUUUAUUUUUAUAUCUGUUAUCUUUAUUUUUUUUUACCAACUACAUUUCUUUGUCUGCACUGAUGAUACAUUCUAAGCCCAGUUUGGCCAUUCUUCUUGUUUUGUGCUAAGGCUAUUUUUAUUAUUAUAUCCUUACCCUGUACGUUUAGCUAAUGUUGCAUUUUAUUAUAGCUAAAUUUUAUUUUUUUAUCUACUCUAUUUUUAUAUUAAAA